GCAAGCCCAAGGUACGAAUUAUACGAACGAGUUCCUUCUUCCCCUGCAUAACGAUGCUCAUGUUUCCAGAAAUGUCGUCAAGAAUGUAAAAAGUCUUGCCCCGUGGUUCGAACGGGUAAGCUCUGUAUCGAAGUUUCUGCCGAGUCUAAGAUCGCUUUCAUUUCGGAACGUCUUUGCAUCGGUUGUGGUAUCUGCCCUAAGAAAUGUCCUUUUGGCGCAAUCCACAUUAUCAACUUGCCUACCAACUUGGAAACCCAAGUCACCCACCGUUACUCGGCCAACAGUUUCAAGCUCCAUCGUCUUCCCAUGCCCCGUCCCGGACAGGUUCUGGGUCUUGUCGGAACAAACGGUAUCGGAAAGAGUACGGCUCUGAAGAUUCUCAGCGGCAAACUGAAGCCUAACCUUGGACGCUUUGACAACCCCCCGGAUUGGGAGGAAAUUCUCAAGUACUUCCGUGGAUCUGAAUUGCAGAACUACUUCACCAAGGUGCUGGAAGACAACUUGAAGGCCGUUGUGAAGCCCCAAUAUGUCGAUCAAAUUCCCAGAGCCGUGAAGGGCCCAGUCAAGAAGGUCGCAGACCUCAUCAAGGGCCGUGCUCAGCUGGACAACACGGAUCAUGUCAUGAAUGUUCUGGAACUUAAACAGGUUGCGGAGCGUGACAUUGAUCACCUUUCCGGAGGAGAGCUUCAGCGAUUUGCCAUCGGUCUGGUGUGUGUGCAGAAAGCUGAUGUCUACAUGUUUGACGAGCCGUCUUCCUACCUCGAUGUCAAGCAGCGUUUGGCCGCCGCCCGCUCCAUCCGAGAGCUUCUCCGCCCCGACGAUUAUGUCAUUGUUGUUGAGCACGAUUUGUCUGUGCUUGAUUACCUCUCUGAUUUCGUCUGUGUGCUUUACGGAAAGCCUGCCCUGUAUGGUGUGGUUACACUGCCUGCUUCAGUUCGUGAGGGUAUCAACAUCUUCUUGGAUGGCCACAUCCCCACUGAGAACCUUCGAUUCAGAGAGGAAUCCCUCAGCUUCCGUAUCACCGAAGCCGGUGAUGAGUUCCUUUCUGAUAAGGGGCGCGCAUUCAGCUACCCCAACAUGGAGAAGACUCUCGGUAACUUCCACCUGAAGGUUGAUGCUGGACGCUUCACCGACUCGGAGAUUGUCGUCAUGAUGGGUGAGAACGGAACUGGGAAGACUACUUUCUGUAAGAUGCUUGCCGGUGCUGAGAAGCCGGACGGUAAUGUUUCCGUACCCCGCAUGCACAUCAGCAUGAAGCCCCAGAAGAUCACCCCCAAGUUCCAAGGCACCGUGCGCCAGCUUUUCUUCAAGCGUAUCAAGACGGCUUUCCUGUCUCCUCAAUUCCAGACCGAUGUCUACAAGCCUCUGAAGAUCGACGACUUCAUCGACCAGGAAGUUCAGAACCUGUCUGGUGGUGAACUGCAGCGUGUUGCUAUUGUUCUGGCUCUUGGUAUUCCCGCCGAUAUCUACCUGAUCGACGAGCCUAGUGCCUACCUCGACUCCGAGCAGCGUAUCGUGGCUGCCAGAGUUAUCAAGCGUUUCAUCAUGCACAGCAAGAAGACCGCCUUUAUUGUCGAGCACGAUUUCAUCAUGGCCACCUACCUCGCUGACCGUGUCAUCGUCUUCGACGGACAGGCAUCCGUCGAUGCCCGCGCCAACACCCCCGAGUCCCUGAUCACUGGUUGCAACAGCUUUUUGCGCAGCUUGGACGUUACCUUCCGUCGUGACCCUAACAGUUACCGCCCACGUAUCAACAAGUACCAGAGUCAAAUGGACCAGGAACAGAAGCUCAACGGUAAUUACUACUUCUUGGAAGAGGAGAGUUGAAAGGGGCAUCCCUGACAAACACAACCGCGAUCAUCGCAAGCGCAAUGAUCGCGACUCCGACCAGCGACGAAACCACCGUCGCGGUAAAAGG